AUGUCAAUUGCAACAGGAUGCAUUUCUCUUAUUCGAGAUGGGUACGUGGAUAAACAAGUGGAUCUGCUAGACAGAGACCCAAUAAGCAUGCGCACGUACCUAAGCCUUAUAUUUGAAUCUCUUAAUAAAAAAAGAGACAUUAUUCUGGCGAUUGUUAUUCCUGCUGAAGCAGCAACUGUUCCUGAAGCAGAUGACCACAUUUCGAUUGGCAUAGUUUGCAAAGGAGUUGUAUAUCUCUCGGAAUGCAUCAAUCUGCACAGGUUUACAGUUACUACUACCAAUCCAAGUGUCAUAGCAGUAUCCAGGAAGAAUGUUGCAGACCCAAACAUGAAGUGCCAUAUUAAAAAUAUUUAUUACUACAGACUAGAGCACUCUGUUCUCUCAGAAAUAAUGAACAAGAAAGACAAAAAGCUCUUUAAAAGCCUCACCCGGGUGCUAGAAGACUCCCCAGAUGCAGUGGCCGAGCUAGCCAGAAUGAAUCCUGUAAUACUUUCCUGCAACUGGAUAGGAACAGAGCAUGACUAUCUGAACAAUAGCAUAUUUCAUACGUAUAUAGAGCAGAACAAAAUACUUGGGGAUAUAUUUGAUCCAAAGAAGGCGUCCACUCGGGUGAUAAAAAAAGAAAGGAAAAUAUUCCGAAAAAUUCUUAUAGGUAUUAUGACCCUGAUGGCUAUUAUGUUUAUUGCCCGAAAUGUUCUCUAUGAGUUUUCGUAUUGGGCUCUUUUAUCCCAUCUGGCAGUUCUAUCAGCGUGUGGUGUAGUCAUAUUUAUCAAUGAAAGAAUAUGAUGGAAAGUGCCAAAGCAUUUUCAGUGGCUAUUAUUAAUUAGUGAUUGCUUAAAUACAAAGAUUAUUUAUGAAAGAGCACAUGUUCUGUGCACCCAGA